CUUAUGAGAGAAACAGGAGGAAAACAAAAAUAUUAAUAUAUAUUGUACAUUGAAAUAACUGAGCAAUGGAAUAGACUGAGAUACGAUCGACAAAUGUGUUAUAAUACGUAUUUUAAGCAAGUUUGCAGAGAGAAAUGUAAAUAACAACGGUAAGAGGAAUAUUAUAAAAUAAAAAAUCUGAAGAAAAUACACUCGGAGAGAUAAUUCGCAUUGAAAGAGAGAGAGAGGGACCGUCUAUCGAUUUCGGAGGUAAAAGUCCUAUAUAGUGAACGAUUUAUAUAUCGAAAGAAAAAUAAAACUGUGACAGGAGAGAGAAAGAAAAAAAAAUGCAAAAUUCGCCACGAGGAUCGAAGAGGAGAAGCCCGAGAGAGUGCGACGUAUAUUUGCCUAGUCAAAGUCAAUAAAUCGCCAUGUGCUACGUAUAUACGUAUCUUCCCGCCAUUAUUGCGUAGUGCUUCAUUCUUAACGGGGAGCCGCCUGACACCCCUCGUAGUGGCCGCGAUGGACUCGCCCAUCGUAUUCAAUCACGGAACGGCGAUUAUUAGUCGGGUUCGCGUCGACGUUCGCGGACGCCUCGACGACGGUGUCCUCCGGGUGCGAGAAAAAUUAAGCGAAUCCGCGGGAACGCACGGAUCUCGCGUAGUAAUGACGUGUCGUCGCGACGAGUGACUUUCCGCGCGCGCAGUGUUGUUUGGGUUCGGCCAUUUUCUCUGUGGGGAAGGUUAGGGAACACCUUGUGCGUUCUCUCGUAUCUCGAUCGUGUACAUCUCGUCUCGACGGGGGACGGCUAAAUCUGUCGGUUCCAUCGCGAAAAUCGUCGCGUCAUCGAUCAUCGGGCCGCGCCUGUCAUCGUCACUCGUGUGAGAUUCCUCGGACGUGACGGGCGGCCCUCGGUGAACCUCGGCCCCGCGAAAAUCCGCCUGAUACGUCAGCCAUGUGCAUUGCGGCGCAUCGUUCAAAACGUCCUCGCAUCCCCGUGGCGGCCGGCCAAUAGGCGGGCGCGCGGCGCGACCACGUGACCCGGCGCGGCCAAUCGGCGCGCGGGGAUUUGAAAUCUCGUGGUCUUUGUUCACAGGCCUGCUCGUGUCAAGCCAACGUUGCCUUCAGUUCCGUCAAGGGGGACCCAUGUCGGUGUACGUUUAUACAUGGUCGCUGCGCCGAAAAUCGUGCUACUCGCGAGUAAAUAUAUGUGUGAAAGUGCCGGACGGCACGAACGGCCAUUGUGAUACCGGGAAGAUCGUCGGAAGUGCGGUUAUCUAAAUACGUCGAGUGUAUGGAAUUUGAUACCGUAAAUGCGUACGGUACCGUCAGGAUGGAGCAGGGAUUGUCCGGGGAAACAUGGGACUGCCUGUUCGACAGCGACAGCAUCUCCAACGCCGUCCAAGGUCGACAAGACAUGUUCCACAUGGACAUCCGGCAUUGCGACAACACCGGCCGACUCGGUUGGGGUCUUGGUUUUGACUUCGACGACGUCUUGACGGAGACCGAGGAGGAUCCGCUCGGCUUCAACGACAAAAGCCGUAGUUCGAACAGCAACCUGGAGGAACUGAAUCUGGACAGCGACAGCGAGCUGGCGUUGACAUUGGAUCCGAAUUUGAUACUGCCCCUCAACAUGUGCAUGCCUAUCCGCAGCCCGACGUUGAAUAGCGAAGCCGCGAUGUUGGAGACAAGCGUGGAAGAGAACGUCGGGGAAGUCGAGAACGAGGAGGAGGAAACGGAGAACGAGAGCGAGGCCGAGCGGACCGAAAAUGACGAGGAGAACGAGAGCGAAGAGGAAGAGGAAGAGGAGAUCAUCGAGCACGAAACAGAGGACGAGGAAACGGAGGAGGAAGAGUCGGAGGACGAGGAAGAGGAAACGGAGGACGACGAGCAGCAGGAUACGACUGUCGUUGAAUCCCUGAGCGCGAAGGCCCCGACGUCAAUCUCGUCCUCGUCGUCGUCGGCCGGCGUCAGAACGACGGUGGCCACCUCCUCGUCGCCGACCAUACAGCUGACGAGGGUACAGAUGCAGCAUUCCAAGAUUGGUACCGUGUCCGGCACAAUGGACAUCAAGAUGUUGACCUCGAACCCGAGCGGCCAUAUACGCAAGCAGAUUUAUAACAAUAACGUGCACGACGUCGGCUCGGGUACGACCACGACGGUGAUGAUACAGACGGCGAAGCGCGAGAAGGAUCUCACGGGGCAGCGCGACAACCCUUAUCCGAAGCCUGCGUACUCGUACUCGUGUCUCAUCGCGAUGGCGUUGAAAAAUAGCCAGACGGGUUUGCUGCCGGUUUCCGAAAUCUACAAUUUUAUGUGCCGACACUUUCCCUACUUCAAGACUGCGCCAACGGGCUGGAAAAAUUCCGUGAGGCACAACCUGUCGUUGAAUAAAUGCUUCGAGAAGAUCGAGAAGCCACCUGGAAACGGUAGCCAACGCAAGGGCUGUCUCUGGGCCAUCCACCCGUCGAAGGUGGCCAAGAUGGACGAGGAGGUGCGCAAGUGGUCGAGGAAGGAUCCGAUCGCGAUCAAGCGGGCCAUGGUGCAUCCCGAUCACCUGGAACUUCUUGAACGCGGCGAGAUGAAGUACGAGGGCGACAGGCACGAGGAGGAGAUAUUAUACGAGGACGUGGAGGGAAGCUCCGCGGGCUCCGAGACAGGUGGCUCCGUGGUGGACGAGAUCAUCAACGAAGACGAGAACAUCACCUACGACGAGACCAAGCACAUCGACAUCGUCGACGAGGACAUCGUCGUCGGGCAGCUCUACGAGGGUCUCGAUCUCGGCGACGCCGCCGAGCUGCUCGAGACUCGGCUGACCGAUUUUCCAAGGGAGGAACAGUCCUUCGUGUACGAGUACGUCUCGUGCGCGAAACGUCAGAAGACCGCUUCCGUCUCGGGCUCGCCGAUACAGAGCAAGUACGUCUAUCAGCAGGUCGGCGCGACGUCGCCGAGGAAGAAGUCGCAUCUUGUCGCGCUGCGACCCGGAACUGCCCCGAUCACUUCGACCAGGACGCUUCUCGAGGCCGAUUGAGGGGGCUAUCUUGGGAGUCUUUAUUGCAUGAGAAUGAUCUGACUAUACGAGACACUUUUUUUUAUGACUUAAACUAUUGUACAUAAUUGUGUACUUUUUUACAACCUGCAUUUGUAAAUAAUCGAUUUGUGUUUUUAUAUUGAUACAACUUGUAUUUUUUUUAUAUACACAACGCUCUUGUAAAUAAUUGUAAUUUUUAACAUGUACAAAUACGUGUAUAUACUUAUACAAUGUA